AGGAGUUUCACAUUUUGAACAUAACAUAAUAGAUCGUCCUACUCUAAAUACUUAAUGUGGAGUUUAGUGUAAUAGCUAGUCAUCUACCUCCGAUGUAUUAACCAACUGUCUCCAAACAACUGAUACGGAAUAAAACUGCAUUGCAUAUCAAAUACGGGACAACACAGAAUAUAGAUUUCAAACGAGAAUAACACGCAACUGUUCCCUGAUUGACAAUGAUUUAUGAUAAAAAGUAAACUUGCGGAAGGCUGCUAAUUUUAUUCAAUGCAAAAGAAAUGUUAGUCCUACUUUUAGGACGCAUUUCGUGUUACAGUAUGUCUCGAGGAUGUAUACGUUAAAUAUUAUUUCGUGACUGUCACUACUAAACCAUGAACUAUAACAGUUCCUACGAUUUCCAGGGAGGGAGUUGGAAUUGUCAUCCUGUAAAUGGAGUUACAGAGUCUUUAUCAGAUUGUAAAAACAGGAUACAUAUGGUGGAUCAUAAAAUAUGGACCCCGGACGUUAUUCAACGAGUAGUGUCUUUAAUUGUUAUAAUGAUAGUCACGAUAAUAGGAAAUACGGCAAUCAUUUUUGUACUUUCUUGCACGAGAUACAGAAAGAAAAACAGUCGAGUGAAUAUGUUUAUUAUUAAUCUUGCCGUUGGAGAUUUAACUGUUUGUUUUGUAACUAUGACAACCGAGAUUCUUUUUGUGGCAUUUGGGGAAUGGGUACUCGGAAAUGCCGCGUGCAAGAUAUUGACCUAUCUACAAAUUGUGACCUUGGCUAGCACAACAUUUAUUUUGACUUCUAUGAGUAUUGACAGAUAUUGUACAUUGUGUCGACCAUUCCAGUUUCACCAACCGUCGUCUGCUUUACGCGCCAAACGAAUGUGUUUAACAUCUUGGUUACUGGCUUUUAUAUUUGCCUCUCCACAAUUGCUCAUAUUUGUUCAGACAAAGGGACAGGUUUUUGACAACGGACACGUACAAUAUGGAUGUAAAAGUCAAGGUUAUACAGCGCCAUGGCAACGAAAGGUUUAUUUUACCUUUUUGACCUCAUAUAUUUUGAUAAUUCCUGUCAUAAUUAUGUCAUAUUGUUAUAUCAGCGUUGUCUUGUGUGUUUGGCGUCAAGGUAAACCGUUUAGAAAUCAGAGUGGAAAAUUUUGUCAGAAUGCUUCUGCAAAGAACACAAUAUCAACGGCUAAAGUAAAAACCAUUAAGAUGACCCUGACAAUUAUCAUAACAUUUAUCGCAUGCUGGACACCGUAUUUUGUAACAACGCUCAUUAAAAUAUACAGUGAUUAUAAAUUCAAAAUACCAUCUUCAGUUAUGGUGUUCGCUGAAACAGCGGCCUUAUUGCAGAGUGCGUUCAAUCCAAUUGUAUACGGGUGUUUCAAUAUUAAAGUAAAACAUUUAAUGACUGACCACUGCUGUCCAGGGAAAAUAUCCAAAGUUAAAACUGGACGUGCAUAUAAUGUAGGUGCAUCCGGAACAAUCGUUGUGACAGGGAAGAUAAAUUAUUAUCUUCGCCAUGAUUCGAAAGAAGGUAGUAGUUCCGGCGGAAGCAGUAGGGGGUAUGUUUUUAAAGAAAACGACGAAAAAUGUUUCAAAUUAAAAGUUCGUUUUAUAUCUAAAGGCUCAAUUAAUCAAGACAGCAGCGAAGCAGGACAGAAUUAA